CCGUCAGUCAAGGGCCUCUUCCUGGAAAGUUGCACUACUUUGAAAACAAAGCUGCAUGGUGGACAUGGCCGGUCCAGACAGAGACUUUGUCAGCCUCCUGGGGUCUGGAGCGCCGUGAUCCAGGCUGCUUGCAAGCGAGCUGUGCCGACACCAGAAAGCUUCAAACCUCAGGGAAGAUUUCAUGUUUUUUGGAAUGGUGUUGUUGCCAUCAUGGCGGCCACGUGGGUGUCAGUGGUUGUCGUGCUGGUAGUAGCAGUGGUCGCGAACGCGGCGGAAAACGGUGGUGACGUUCGACCGUGCGCCAGUGUCCGCACGUCCAGUCCGGUGGUGGCGGUGGGGUCAGCCGUGGAAGCCGUCUGCGUGAUCGCCGACGACUGCCCCCUCCUGAUUGGACGCGCCGCCGUGGAGUGGCGACUGGACGACUUCGUCCUUCCCAGCAGCCCCGCCUCAGACCGGGACCACAGAACCCAUCGUGUGGUCAUCCCCAGUUUCAACCACAGCCGGGCCACCCUGACCUGCUGCGUCCUGACCUCGCCCAUGCAGAUCAUCGGAGGGGUGGAGAUCCGAGCUGGAUAUCCCCCGCCCGUGCCACAGAACCUGAGCUGCCAGGCCAACCUCUCCGCCCAGGUAAGCCUGACCUGUGACUGGGAAGCCGGCCUGCAAGCGAGCCGCCUGCCCACAAAGUACACCCUCCACACGCACAUCGGGGAUUUGAACCGGAAUCGCACCUAUGAGCUGCCGCCGGGCGUCCACAGCUACACCAUCCCUCGCUCCGACUUUGUGCUCUUCUCAGAAAUGGAAAUAUACGUGAAGGCUACCAAUCAGCUGGGAGAGGCCAGUUCGGCGCCGCUCACUUUAGAGCCUGUUAGUGCAGCUAAAUUUGACCCACCAAGCAUUGCGAGGAUGCAAGCCGGGCGGUUCAACUGCCUGAGACUGAGAUGGGACUUAUCCCCACACCAAGACUGGGUGAAGGACUACGUCAGUCUUGAAGUCAGACUUAAGACCGCAGAGAGCAGUCUGUGGAACAAGAUCCUGGUGCUGCAUGCGCUGCCCAAGAACCCUGUGGACCGCUGUAACCUGCUGCACGGGACGCGCUACGUGGCCCAGAUCAGAGUCCGGUUCCGGCAAAGCCCCUGGAGUGAAUGGAGCAGCAGCCAGUCUGCAGUCACCAGAGAGAGUGCCCCCGCAGGACUCCUGGACACAUGGAUGAGGGUGACCGGGGAUCCCAUGCACAAACAACUCCAGAUGCUUUUAUUUUGGAAGCCGUCACGCCGCUUCCGAGCCAACGGCCGAAACGUGUCUUACGUUGUCUCGGUGCGAAAGGUGCGCAGCAAGAGGGGGACGCUCUGCGCCACCGCCGCCGGUCAUUGCACCUUCCGGGUUCCGCGUAGAGCGAGGAACGUGUACAUCGUGGCUGAGAACGCGGCCGGGAAAUCCUCCCCGACUCAAGUCCGAAUCUACCACCCCAAAGCACGUGAGGCGAUGUGGAACGUCAGCGCCGCGGCUCUGGCCGACGGGUCCAUUCUGGUGCAGUGGACCAAGAUCCCGACAGCCGGUCUGCUGGACUACGUGGUGGAGUGGAGACCUCGAUUAGAGAACGCCCUUGCCCAGGUUCGGUUUGAGCUCGCGGGCCGGAAUAUGUCGAGCCUCGUCAUAGCAGGCAGCUUUGAGCCCUACAAGCCCUACGGGAUCUCCGUGUAUCCCAGGUUUAAGGACGGGAUCGGCCGGCCUCAGACUGUUAAUGCCUACUCGCUGCAGAAGGCUCCAUCUGUGGUUCCCAAACUGAGAAUCCAAAAGAACUGGCGCUCUGACGUGGAACUCACCUGGGACGAAAUACCUUUGGACCAACGUAACGGGAUUAUCCGAAGCUACACAUUGUUCUACUGGGACCAGACCAAAAUAGUUCACGUGGCGAUUGGAGACCUGGAAAGGCGGCGAACGGUCCUGACAGGCCUGAACGCCAUGAUGGUCUACGACGCCGUGUUGAUGGUCAGCACGGACGGCGGCAGCAGAAACGGCUCCAUGGUUCAUUUUGAUAUCAAAGAAAUGGAUCCGGUGUUUGUGGCCAUGAUCGGGGUGUUGUCAGCCGUGCUGUUCCUGCUGCCCAUCAUCUUCAUGGUGGUCUUUUGCCUCUACAAAGAUAGCAUGCUGAAGGUGCGAUUUUGGCCCGCUGUUCCCGACCCUGCAAACAGCAGCAUCAAAAGGUGGACGUCUGAAUCCACACAGGACAACAUGUCUCCCUGGGACAGUGAGGAACCAAAUCCGAUAUACUUGUCCCACCUGAGUGUCCUGGAGGUUCCCAUGAAGCCAAACGAAGCAGAGGAAGACCACAGUGUUUGGUCAACCAGUGCCGAGGACACCAGCGACCUCGAAGAGUCCAUUUGCGACUCCCCGUUCCUCCCCGGUCUCACUUCCGCCAACAGCGACUCCGUCCCUUACGCCAGCGUCAUCUUCCCCGCCUCGUCGCCCCAGCAGCAUCCAAACGUGUACCUGCGCUCAGAGUCCACGCAGCCCCUGUUGGAGUCGGAAGAACUCCACAGUCCCAAGUCCUACCAGGACUUGGCGCCUGACGGGUCGCAGGGUGAGCAGUGCUUUUUUGGACCGUGCGGGGCCGGGGAGGAAGAAGGAAAGGAGGCGGAGCCGGCAAUUAGUUGGGAUGACUUCCCUUUUCUAAAAGCGUUGGCUAUGAACGACACGCAGGGAUGUGCUUAGGAUCCUCGAACCAUGCAUGCUACUUGGUACUUUUUGGAUGAAGCUAAGACAUGCACUAUAUUGCCAAAACUAUUUGGCCACCUACCUUGACUCACAUAUGAACUUAAAGUGCCAUCCCAUUCCUAACCCAUAGGGUUCAAUAUCAUGUCCACCCACCCACUUCAACUCUUCUGUGAAGGCUGUCCACAAGGUUGCGAAGUGUGUUUAUAGGAAUUUCCCGCCAUUUUUCCAAAAGCGCAUCGGUGAGGUCAUACACUGAUGUUGGUCCUCUCAGUCUCCGUUGUAAAUCAUCCCAAAGGUGUUCAAUCGGGUUCAGGUCAAGACUCUGUGCAGGCCAGUAAAGUUCAUCCACACCGGACUCUGUCAUCCAUGUCUUUAUGGAGCUUGCUUUGUGCACUGGAAGGGGUCUGCUCCAAACUGUUCCCACAAUGUUGGGAGCAUGGAAUUGUCCAAAAUCUUUUGAUAUCCUGAGGAAUUCAAAGUUCCUUUCAUUUGAACUAAAGGGCCGAACCCAUUCAUCCAUCCAUACAUUUUCUACCGCUUAUCCCUUUUGAGGUCGCGGGGGGGUACUGGAGACUAUCUCAGCUGCAUUCUGGCGGAAGGUGGUGUACACCCUGGACAAGUCGCUACCUCAUCACAGGGGAAAAAAACAGACAACAUUCACACUCACAUUCAAACACUAAGGCCAACUUUAGUGUUAGGAAGAGAUAGUAGUUCUUUAUAGAAUUUGGACACGAUGAUAUCACGGAUUGACCUAUGAACUUAAAGGCACAGGAAAUUACAAAACCGGUUAACGGCACACCAUAGGGUUUCGUACACAGCCGCCCCCAACUGUCCGUAUGGCAGUUGAAACCAGGAGAAAGUCUGAGGUAGUGUCCUUGUCAUCAAGAGGUGGAAGCAUGAUUAGUCUGGUGACUGGGCGAAGGUAGGUGCGAUUCUUCACUUGAACUCUGGCAGUCCGGACCCAUCCAUCUGCUCCUGGAUGUGUCUGAAUGAGCCGUCCUACUGGCCAUGAUCCUCGGGGAAGUUGAGGAUCUACUAUCAAGACAACUUGACCAGUCGAAAGUGUCUUGUCAUUGUUCCUCCACUUGCUACGUUUUUGAAGCCCUGGUAGGUAACGCUGGAUGGACGACCAAAAGUGAUCUGCUAGGACUUGGCUGUGCCUCCAUCUUCUUCCUAGACCACGGGGAUUGUAGAAUUCUUGAGGUGGAGAUGAAUCGUGACGGCCCAUAAAAAGAUUGGGUUUGCCUGGGUCUGAGAUGUCCGAAGACAGGUAACUGAGAGGUUUAGCAUUCAUUAUUCCUUCAACCUCUAUCGACGGUGUCAGUAAUACUGGUUCAGGGACUGAUUGGUCUUUGAGAACAACUCUGAGUGCUGUCUUAAUGGAUUUUACCUCUCUCUGCCAUGUGCCCCCAAAAUGUGGUUCGCUUGGAGGAUUGAAUCGGAAUGAAAUCUGGUGCUCUGCAAGUUGCUCUCUCAAUUGUGGUUCCAUUAAAGCAACUUCUUCAUGUAAUUCACUUUCUCCACCAAUAAAGUUGGUACCAUUGUCCGUGAGGAGUUCAGAGGGUCUCUUGAGUAAUCUGGUGGCUCCUUUGUAUUCUUGGGAAAGUGAUGCAAGUCGACUGUCUGAAGGGGGGGGGACCGUCCAGCCUUGAGUGCUCUCAACUCUUCUGGAAAACAAUCUCCUUGAACCCUUUGCAAUUUAAGCUUUUCGGUUUGCAGAAAAUCCACGGCGGAAGGUAGGGAUGAAGCACCAGCAUCAGCCGCCCCAUGAAGGGAGCUAGCUGUCUCUUGUAGAAGCUGUUUCCAUGUGGAGAAUUUACUGAAAUCAGUAAGCUGAGUGGAUGAGGCACUGGAAAUAGUUCCAAUGAAGGGGGAUUUCCUCAGCUCUGUGGCAUCCUGUUCCGAUUUCAUUAUAUGGGGAUUCAGUGGUAACGUGCAGACAGGAAGGCUGAUGGGAAGAUACUGAGAUCACAGACUGACCUUGUAGGGACCAGACUGCUACGGGCCCACCAGAUGGGCCUGCUUGCACCGGCUCUGUAGGAGCCAGAAGCUGAGCCAUAUCAGAACCUAUGAAGAGUAGCGGUUGUGCUUGAUAGGCAGCAAAGGAAGGUCCUUGAGGUGCUCAUAGCGUUUUUGGAGGGCUGCUACUGGAUGUGUGCUGAGCUAAACUCAGAUUCGCAGCUGUGAAGGCAUUUUUAAUCCAGUACUUCUUGCUUGGAUUAAAGAUGGGCGAGACGUGAAGGUUGACUGAUGAACCAUUGAGCACUUUCACUUCUUGUUGAACAGUUCUCAGGUGAAGGGUUUUAGGAUGCUUAGCAAGUUGUAGGUCGCUUUGGCGCAGUCCAACCCUCACUGGAAACGUGUCCGACUUACUAGCGGCAAUGCGGACCAAGUUCUGACACUAUCAUACAGGGAGUGGACUGCCACAAUCAGACAGUCCGAUACUCCGGACCCUCUGAGCACUUCCCACAGGACUAGGGGGGGGUUGCCCGCAUUUGGGGUCCUCUCCGGGGUUUCUCGUAGUCAUCAUUGUCGCUGGCGUCCCACUGGGUGUGAGUUUUCCUCGCCCUUGUGUGGGUUCUUCCGAGGAUGUCGUAGUCGUAGUGGUUUGUGCAGUCCUUUGGGACAUUUGUGAUUUAGGGCUAUAUAAAUAAACAUUGAUUGAUUGAUUGAUGGUAGCUGCUUUACUGCAUAGGGGAGGAUGAGUGUUCUCUCAGAACCAUCAUCGAGCACGGCAAAUGUCUCUGUUGUGUAAGAGCACUUUAACAACUUUCAGCAAAACUCUUUGAGGGCUUUGAGGCUGUUUUCUGGUAGACUGUGGGGGUUUGGUUACUCAUCAUCAGGACUUGAGAUGACUUUUGGAUCGUGUCAUGCAGUACAGUGAGGUGCGUCUCUGCAUAAUUUACAAGGGCGUUUAAGCGUACUUGCUGCAGCUUUGGGGCCACGACUGCACUUCCAACAUCUGUUACCUUCUUGGAUCCACUUAUUGAUCUCACUGGUAUUCAGUUUCUUGAAGUCGAGACAUGAGUUGAGAUAAUGCUCCUUACUGUUGCAAAAUGGACAAUAAGAACUAGGUUUAAAGGGUUGUGACUUUGUCGUGUUGGUGCUCUGGCUGCUACCAGUCUCACCGGAACAUAGGAAAACUGAUGCUGUUCUUUGUUCGGGCCAUGGACUAUUAUGCUCCUUCUUGGCAGGAGGAGGCUUCGGGUUGUUAGAGGUGAGUGACUCUGCUGGCCAGGCGCUUAGCUUGAGCUUUAACUUGGAGCCAGGGUGUAAGUUUGAUUGGAACCUGGCUGUAGGAUGCCUCGGCAAAGACGGUAUUCCAUAAAUCCGUUUCGGCGAGUAGAAGGCAUUUUACUUAUGAGGCAGUCAACGUGAGAACCACAUUUGAGCUCGCAUCUAAAGUACACAGCAUACCAAGUAAGGUCUGAACGGAGAGGGUUAAGGUGAAAAUGGUGGCGGCAGUGCUUCUUGCAGAGUCAGAUGCUCAGAUUGAGUUCUGGGACUCCCCAUCUCCUCAUACACAUGCAGUUUUAUAGCCGACAGCGUAAAUAGCUCCAUUGGUGACAAGCUACAUUGCUGUGACGGCUGGAGGUAAUGCUCAAAGUCAUACCAUAGACUUUCUUCUACAAUUCAUCAAGUUCUCUAGCGCCAUAUGGAGUAGAGCAAAGUCCACUCUCAAACCUUGGAAGUACUGGUUUGGGAAUGCCAUAGGAUGUAGCGAUCAGCAUCUCGUUGCCCAGGAAGGACCAGGGUAGUGCUGCCCGGGCCUGGAGUAGCAGAUGGUAAGGUGUAGUGAACAUACUGUCCGGCUGGAUGAGGUGCACCAGUUGGAACUGGUGGUUGUGGUACAGACGUUUGCAUGGUUUGUGGCACUGCGGCUGCAUGUGUCGUUGUUGAUGUAUAUCUUGAUGUGGGAAAGACUGGCAUUUGUUGACUUGUGGAAGACACAGAUGCAGGCAAGGUGAAAGAGACAGGAACAAUAGUGGGGGCUACUAAAGUCGGGACACAAGUUUGUGCAUCUUGGACAGGAAUGGGAAUCGUUGUCAAUGGCUGUGUCGUUGAGAUAGCGGCAGCAGGUUUCAUAUGAGCCGUUGAUGGGAGCUGAAGCAUGUCAGCAGAGGGCGGAGCUAACGUUGACAUUGGAUCAUCGUCAGACUCCGACAGGAAAGACUUGACAAUAUGGGCAAUGUGUAAGUCUUUCUCCGGUUUCUUUAAGCGUCCGCGCCGUUCCAUUUCCUUUGCCAUACUCUCCUUGGCAAGGUGAGCAUCCUCUUGUAGUCUUUGUCCUUCUUUAAUCUAGUUUAUCUUCAGCUUCGACUCUUCAAAAUUCAACCGAAAAAAAUGGAGAAAAACUAGGUAAUUCGAAUCUUUUUGAAAAAAUACAAAAUUUAUGGAACAUCAUUAGUCAUUUUUCCUGAAUAAGAUUAAUUUUAGAAUUUUGAUGACAUGUUUUAAAUAGGUUAAAAUCCAAUCUGCACUUUGUUAAAAUAUAUAACAAAUUGGACCAAGCUAUAUUUCUAACAAAGACAAAUCAUUAUUUCUUCUAGAUUUUCCAGAACAAAAAUUUUAAAUGAAUUUCAAAGGACUUUGAAAUAAGAUUGAAAUUUGAUUCUACAGAUUUUCUAGAUUCGCCAGAAUAAUUUUUUGAAUUUUAAUGAGUUUGAAGAAAUAUUUCACAAAUAUUCUUCGUGGAAAAAACAGAAGCUAAAAUGAAGAAUUAAAUUAAAAUGUAUGUAUUCUUUACAAUAAAAAAAAAAUACAUUUACUUGAACAUUGAUUUAAAUUGUAAGGAAAGAACAGGGAAGGAAUUAAAAAGGUAUAUGUGUUUAAAAAUCCUAAAAUCAUUUUUUAAGGUUGAAUUUUUUCUCUAAAAUUAUCUUUCUGAAAGUUAUAAGAAGCAAAGUAAAAAAAAAUAAAUGAAUUUAUUUAAACAAGUGAAGACCAAGUCUUUCAAAUAUUUUCUUGGAUUUUCAAAUUCUAUUUGAGUUUUGUCUCUCUUAGAAUUAAAAAUGUUGAGCGAAGCGAGACCAACUUGCUAAUAAAUAAAUACAAUUUAAAAAAAUAGAGACAGCUCACUGGUAAGUGCUGCUAUUUGAGCUAUUUUUAGAACAGGCCAGUGGCCGACUCAUCUGGUCCUUACGGGCGACCUGGUACCACGUUGGUGACCCCUGCAUAAACUGCACUUAACUAUGCAUAAAGUGGUUUCCUCCCACUUCCAAAGACAUGCACCUGGGGAUAGGCCCCUCCCACCUCCAAAGACAUGCACCUGGGGAUAGGCCCCUCCCACCUCCAAAGACAUGCACCUGGGGAUAAGCUGAUUGGCAACACUAAAUGGUCCCUAGUGUGUGAAUGUUGUCUCUGUGUUGGCCCUGCGAUGAGGUGGUGACGUGUCCAGGGUGUACAUCGCCUUCCGCUCGAUUGUAGCUGAGAUAGGGUCGCUGGUGCCUAACGGGAAUAAGCGGUAGGAAAUGGAUGGAUGAAAUUCAACAGAUUCUAAGCGUCAGAGCCAUAAAGGGCGAUUAUGUGGUCUCUGUCGCCAUCUAGGGGCGGCAUAGCUCGGUUGGUAGAGCGGCCGCGCCAGCAACCUGAGGGUUGCAGGUUCGAUUCCCGCUUCCGCCAUCCUAGUCACUGCCGUUGUGUCCUUGGGCAAGACACUCUACCCACCUGCUCCCAGUGCCACCCACACUGGUUUAAAUGUAACUUAAAUAUUGGGUGUCACUAUGUAAAGUACUUUAAGUCACUAGAGAAAAGCGCUAUAUAAAUAUAAUUCAAUUCAAUUCCAAAAAUGGCGCUGUCGCAGUUGCAAUGGCGUUAAAUGAACUGAGCAUGAAUGGAAACGCCGUCAACGAGACUAUUUAUCUCUCAAUAACCCAAAAAUACCUGAACUUGGCAUACAAUGCACCAAACUUGCAGAAAUAACAAGGCAUUCAGUUCAAAUGCUGUAAUAUAAGACAAAACUUACUUUUGGUCGUCAACGCACACAAGACAAACUGCCACCAUUGAUUCUUCUUCUUUUGUUUAAUGGCGGUUGGCAAGCAACCAUCUGGUGUGCAUUAGCGCCACCUACUGUAAUGGAGUGUGGACCGAGGUGGAUCCCUACUCGAUAUUCUUUGAUUUAAUCCAAUGUUUUUUAAAUAUGUGUAGAUUGCUUUAUAUCCUUUGUAUUCUGAAUGCAAUCCUAAUAUAUCUUCCACUGCUAACCUAAUAUUUUCUUUCGCUAACUUACUUUCCAGUAUUUCUCUUUCUCUAUUGUAUUUCCUACAUUGUAUGAAAACAUGGUCAUCAUUUUCCAUCUGAUGGCAAAAAUCACAUAGUCCUGUAGUAUGUUUCCCUAUUAAUUUUAGUGAACUAUUUAGAUAUGUAUGUCCUAAUCUCAUUCUAGUAAUGUCUUCUUUGGUCCUACUGCCUGCACUGGCUUCCUGUGCACUUAAGAUGUGACUUUUUAAGGUUUUACUACUUACGUAUAAAAUACUACACGGUCUAGCUCCAUCCUAUCUUGCCGAUUGUAUUGUACCAUAUGUCCCGGCAAGAAAUCUGCGUUCAAAGGACUCCGGCUUAUUAGUGAUUCCCAAAGCCCAAAAAAAGUCUGCGGGCUGUAGAGCGUUUUCAUUUCGGGCUCCAGUACUCUGGAAUGCCCUCCCGGUAACAGUUCGAGAUGCCACCUCAGUAGAAGCAUUUAAGUCUCACCUUAAAACUCAUUUGUAUACUCUAGCCUUUAAAUAGACUCCCUUUUUAGACCAGUUGAUCUGCCGUUUCUUUUCUUUUUCUCCUAUAUCCCACUCUCCCUUGUGGAGGGGGUCCGGUCCGAUCCGGUGGCCAUGUACUGCUCGCCUGUGUAUCGGCUGGGGACAUCUCUGCGCUGCUGAUCCGCUUCCGCUUGGGAUGGUUUCCUGCUGGCUCCGCUGUGAACGGGACUCUCGCUGCUGUGUUGGAUCCGCUUUGGACUGGACUCUCGCGACUGUGUUGGAUCCAUUAUGGAUUGAACUUUCACGGUAUCAUGUUAGACCCGCUCGACAUCCAUUCCUUUCCUCCUCUCCAGGGUUCUCAUAGUCAUCAUUGUCACCGACGUCCCACUGGGUGUGAGUUUUCCUUGCCCUUAUGUGGGCCUACCGAGGAUGUCGUAGUGCUUUGUGUUGUGGUUUGUGCAGCCCUUUGAGACACUAGUGAUUUCGGGCUAUAUAAGUAAACGAUUGAUUGAUUGAUUGAUUGAUUGAUAUUUCUACCCCCUCCUCUCAUUACACCUACUCUCCCCUGGACUUUGUAAAACUCUCUACCUCUUCUUUCCUUAUUCCAAUUAUCCUGCCACUUUUUAUAGUGUUCUAUCUUAAUGAUGUUCUUUACUGUGCUUAAUCUCCAUGUUUACUUCUGUUUUAGUGCUUUCUUAUUUUGCAUAUCUGCUAAUUCAUUCCCCACAACUCCUACAUGAGCAGGAACCCAGAGAAAUGUUUCCACACCUCCCGCUUUAUUUAUCCGAUUACUUGAUUGAUUGAUUGAUUAAAACAUGUAUUAUUAGAUUGCACAGUACAGUACAUAUUCCGUACAAUUGACCACUAAAUGGUAACACCCCAAUAAGUUUUUCAACUUGUUUAAGUCGGGGUCCACGUUAAUCAAUUCAUGGUAAAUUGCCUGAACUAUGUCAUAAACUAAAUCUUGUCUUGUU